AGCUGCAGUAUUACAGUGCCCCAAGGCAAUGCUCCUAGUCAAUAUCUUCUACACACUCGCUUUCGCGCUCCCAUUUGAGCUGGAUAUGCGCUGUCUGCUUGUACCGCUAUACGCAGAGAAUUGACAUACAGACACACCACGGACACACACCAGGACCUUCUCCUUAGUGGAAGUUGACAGAAGACAUUGGAUCAUCACUCAGUCUUCACUGCAAGCCACCAUCUUAGUUCCUACCCACCUGGAUCCCAGGUUAAAGAAUCUUUAAAGUCAUGUAAAUAAAGGCUAAAGAAGUGUACUACAUCUAGCCCGAGAAAGAACGAGAGCCUGCAUCCCUACAGCCUCAUCUCUCCAAGACUUUUACACACCUUCUCCUCAGAAUAACCUACAUUGUGAGGACAGAAUUAUUCCCCAUCAUGUCCAAGGAGGACCACACGUGCAAGCACAAGGAACGCAAGCCCAAGAAGCCCCACUACAUCCCACGGCCAUGGGGCAAACCUUACAACUAUAAGUGCUUCCAGUGCCCCUUCACCUGCAUGGAGAAGUCCCAUCUGUACAACCACAUGAAGUACAGCCUCUGUAAGAACUCCCUGUCUCUGUUAAUCGAGUCCGACUGGCCAUACAAGAAGGGCAACCUUCUGCACCUGGACCAGCUCCGGCCCCUCCAGCAAGCCCACUCUCUCCGGACCACAGCUGGGAAAGAGGAGCCCGAGCCAGCUACAGGGAAUGAGGAGAGGCCCCGGCAGCAACAAGACAUGGAGGAGGAAGGGGAGAGCCCGGGAGGAGAGGAGGAGGAGGAGGAGGAGGAGAGCGGACAAGGGGCUGAAGUCACUGAGAUGACCAGAGAGUGCUCCAACAGGGACUCAGAUGGCACAGCCAAGAGAACCAGUAACCAUCCUGAGCCGGAGCUGCUGAUGACUGAUGUGUUCUCCCUGGAGGAUCAGCUCUUGAGAGCACACUCGGUGGAGAACCAGCUAAAGCACUACAAGCUGUCCAAGACGUUCCUGACUGCGCCUGACCUGCUGUCGGAGCAGUGGCGCCUGCUUGCCACCAGCCACACCAUGGCCGAGGGCACCCAGCCCAGAGUGAGCGACUCCAUCCCAUGCUACCCGCCUCCACCCGGCCUGGUGGACUACCAGGACCCCACAGAACUCAACCUGUCUAUCCUUGGGGUGGGAUACCCCCUGAGCCCCAGCCUCUUCUCCUAUAUGAAUUCAAUGAAUGCAAUCCCCACUGCUGACACCAAUAUAACCGUACCGACUCAAGCGCAGCUAGCCCAGCUCCCCUUCCUGGCAUCAGCCGCUCAGCUCUUGCACCCGGCAUCCGGUGUGCACCACCCCAUCAACCGGACCCUCCUGCCGUCCCGCUUCUACUACCCAUUCCUCUGCGAGCAUGCCUUUGGAGCAGCCUCCACUAAGAGCGACGUCAACAAGGUUCUCAAAACCUCUGCGAAUGGCCUGGAGCCCAAUCCCAGUUGCCAGCCCAAAGUCAACUUGUGGAAGGUGCCUGCUCUGAGGCCAGGUACCACCACCACCUCAUCCCCUACAGCAUCACCAGACCCUUCCUACAGGACAGGGGACAAGCUCCAGGCUGCAGCCAAGGAGGGGAAACCAGGAUGGGGCCUCAAGAGAACAGGAGCCCUCUUGGGGACCGACGAGUCCCCUGCAGAGAAGAGGCCAGCCCUCGGGUUCACCCUGGAUCUACUCAAGAACAUUCAGAAUACCAUACCCUUCUCCAUGGCAACAGAAAAGCUCUUCCUCCACAGCAGUUUUACAAAUGCUCAGUCUCAGUCACGGCCAUCGGAGCAGUGCUGCACAAAUAACCCCGUGAGCCGAGUCAGUGAAUCGCCCUCUCUUCCGAAUUGUAGAAGAACCAGCAGCCAGGACUCUACCAUCGGUCAAGGGACGGGCGAGGCAUCCUCAAAAUCAGAAUCAGCUGCUGCCCUCCUCAGCAACCUUUCCAACGCUCUACAGGAGUACCAGGAUGCCGAAUGCAAGAUCUCCCACCUGGAGAAAGAGGACCUCAUCGCUCAGGGACACCUAUGGGAACACCUGAACAAGAUCCGCAGCGAGCUCUCCCACAUUCACCAUGCACUGGAGAGGAAAGCCCGUCAGACGGAAGGACCCCUGGAUCUCUCCAUCAAGAAGGAACAACCCGUGGUGACUGAGGUGGUCGCGGCCGGUUACCAGGGCCUCAUGGGAGCCUCACUUAAAGACGACAUCACCACGGAGACUGAGGAAGACGAUGAGGAGGCAGAGGAGGAGGAAGCGGAGGAGGAGGAAGAUGAGAAUGAGAUGAGGAAGGAAGCGAUGAAGGCUUCAUUAGAGCGUCGAAAGCAAUCGCUGGACGUGCUGAUCAAGAUGAGUCAGGCUGGGGUGCAGGUGGUGAAGACGGAGGUCCUGUCAACAGGGGGGUUGGGGUUGAGGCCAAGCCAGGCGGAGGGUCUCUGGCCAGGCAGGACCACCAAGUGUGAGGCUGACUCCAGCGUGCUACUUUGCACUGAUGGACUUCCCCUCGCAGUCUUCAAUGACUUCCCCCCCUCCUCCAACAAAAACUCCAAGAAGCCCCUGUCCAUUCAGUGACUAGGGGUGCCACAAUGUCCGCCAAGCCCCCUGACAGCAACAGACUCCUAAACCUCUCCUGAGAAGCUAAAUUUCCCAGCUUGCAUUGCUCCUGAAAGCCCUCCUGAAGACAACACACUUUUGUUCAUGCACUCCCUAUGACUCUCUGUCCAGGCAAGAACUCUCACCACUAAUAUCCUCUCAAAACACCACCGCCAUCUCCCCCAAAAGAUAACAAAGCUUAGCACCUUAAAUAAAAGUGGGGGAAUGAAGAAGUGAUGUGGAUUGUUGAUACAGGAUUAUUUGGGAAAACAAUUCAAAUGGGCAGUAGUGAUGCUUGAAAUGUUGUUGUAGGACAAAAAAUAAACUUGCACUUAUAGAGCGACAUUGAACACAUGUAAAUGAAAAUAUGUUUUAUGAUCUAAGGUAUGAAUCCUCUUACAAUUCUGUCCCAAGUUGAGAGACAAUCAUUUGAACUGAUUUGUACAUAUUGUAAUGAAUUUGAUUGAUGUAGUUAAAAUUAAUUAAGAAGUAAAUGUUUUAUAUGAAUGAUGUCUUGUUGGAUUGUCUUGUGUGUCUGAUUAAACCAUUCCACCGUACAUGUCCACAGUACACAUCUGUAACAAAUGCACUUCCAUUUAUUUGAAUAAAGAAAGA